UUGAAACUUAUCGCGCUCAGUAGAUAACUGUGAUCCAGCCGUGUGUAAACAGACAUUUAAAAAACGUCCUUUAGCUGAGGACAGAGAAGAGGAGUGAGCUCAGUUCCUAAACAGCGAACAUCAUGAACUACUUCAAUAAAAAACAAUGGUUUUUCAUGCAACUACAGUGUUUCCUGAUUGGCAGUGUAGCUGACUCCUUUCCCCUGUCCUCCACCAACAACCCCCUGUCCGUCACCUUCAAGGUAGGGAACCAGGCGGUGCUUCCCUGCAGCUGGAAGCAGCGCCUGGGGGAGGUGGCGCCAUCCACCUGCUACAUCCAGUGGAAUAGCCCUGCCGACACUGUCUUCGAGCGGCAGGGGAACGAGAAAUGGCAGGCAGAACAGUUUCAGGGCCGGGUGGAGGUUCAAUCGGAGAAGCUGGACUCCGGGGACUGUUCCCUGAUCAUCAGUGACGUGCAGAUCGGAGACACAGGGAGAUACGAGAGCUUCAUGGUGGUGGAUGGAGAGAGGUCCUCCAAAACUAGGGUCUUCAUUCAGAGUGUCAAGCUUUCCGUGUCUGACUAUAAAUCCAUUCAGUCUCGAGGUCUAGGGGAGGAUUUAGUUCUGGAUCUGUACACCCAACACUCCGUGAGGGUAGUGUUCCAGGGCAGGAACAGCUCAGAGUGGUCGGAUCGGUGGAUGAGGGGGGAUAAAGACAAUGAGCGUAUGGAGAAAGAUGCGACAAAGGAGCAGCUGAAAAUAAAGAACUUAAAGAGCUCGGACCAAGGAAUGUACAAAGUUCUGGAUGAGCACGGCCUCGGUGUCAGCACUGUGAUUUUGUCUGUUAACGAAGGCUCCAAAGCUGUCAAACUCACCCAAAUAAUGGAAAAUCAAGUACCAACAGAUGGUGCUGUCAGGAGCAGCUGUUCGGCUUUUGUUCUCCUGCCUGUUCUUGUCACAAUUUUCCAAAUUCUUUAUCUCCUCUAAGAAACUCCCCUUUACAAAACAAUGCACAUUUAUAUAUAUCAAUGCAAGUUUUUUUUUUGCUAGAUAUAUUCAUAGUGUUUCUGAACAUUAACCUGAAUGAGCUAGAUUGGACAUUUGUAAUAUUGCAGUGAAUUUGAGUUAGAUUUGUAAUUUUUCUCCAACAGGCUGAAUACUAAAAGAAAUAUAGUCAGAUUUUGGAACAGUUAGGGUUAGGGUCUCUUUUCAGUGGCCCCUGGUUUUCGUUGGGUUUUGAGCUUCUUGCAGCGUUUCUUUUAUGCAGCGCUUUCGAUAAAUGCUGAAUAUCUUUUCUCAAGUUGAUGACAAGUGUUCUAAACGGUGCGCAUGUGUUGUCACGUUGGUGAAGAUGUUUCUUUAUCUGCAUGUGUUUUGGCACAUUCAUGGUUUUAUAUGUGCAUUGUUUCUGAAGCUGCGGCGCGUUUCUCCUGAUGGAAGUGUUUUUGGCCUGUUGUAGCGAGUUUACCCAACAUACAAAUCACUACAUAUUUAAAAGAAAAAACAGAAAAAGGUUUAUGGAGAGAGAAACAAUUGUUUCAUGACAAAAUGACAAAAACAUUUCAGGAGUAAAGAAAAAGGAAACAAAGUAUUACAAUUCUUCAAAUCAGACAGGUUUAAGUUUAAAAAUGUGAACAUGCUUGGAGAAUGAUACAACACAGGAGUCUUUGUGCACGUAUAUGGGAUGUAUGUUUGUGUUUGAAUGUACAUAUGUGAUUAAAUACAGUAUGUACAGUAUCUAAUAGGAACCUCUUUGUGAUAAAUACUGCUGAUUCAUUUCUACCUGUGAUAUUUGUAUUUAUGUAUUUAGACAUUGUUGAAGUAGAUUGAUCAUGAAUAAAUAGAAUAAAACCAUCUCACACAA